AUGGCAUCCGACAAGUUCCGUAUCGCCAUCAUCGGCUCCGGCCCAAUCGGCAAGUUGCUUGCCUGCUCUGCCACGCCGCACCCACGCAUCGAAUUGGUGCAAUAUGAGGCGGACGUGCUGCCUCUGCGUCCGUCCUUUGGGUACGGCGUUGGACCGCAGACUUUGCACACCACCAAAGUGCUCAACCCGACGCUAGGGCAGCAGUUGGAGGAGAAAUGCUUUACGGCGCGCACUUGGAUGCGCUGGUGGCAUGGUGGCGACGAGGAUAGGCUGAUUGCCGAUGUCGAGGUGCCCGAGGGCAAGUUGUAUGGCAGACUGGGUCGGGAAGAGCUGAUGGACCUGCUGGAUGACUCGCUGCCAAAGACAAUAAUGAGCAAGAACAACAUUCAGUACGGUAAGCGUCUCGCCGACGUGCGCAGCACUGGUCCGCAGCAGCUCGAACUCGUUUUUGAGGACGGCACUAAGGACGUUGCCAACGCCGUGUGGGCUGCCGACGGCGUAAACUCUUUGUGCCGGAAGCUCGUGCAGGGGGACUCUUACCGACCGCCUAGCUACACCGGCAUGCUUGCGUACCGGGGCAAGGUGAGCGCGAAGAAAGUGGCGGAGCUGGUUGGGGAGUCGUUUGCGAGUGAGAGCUACUGUUUUAUAGGAGUGCGCGGCUGGCACAUACUUAUUUUCCCAAUGGAAAAUGGCACCCUGGUCAAUAUAGCGGCUUUUUGUAUUGAGCCUGAGCAGAAGCGGUUUGCUCGCGAUGAAAAGGUCACUCUGGAACAGCUGCUAAGCUACUUUCCAGGACGCAAUGCCAAGGUAGACACCUUGCUCAAGCUUGUGCACAGUGACACCCCUGGCGGCUGUCAGCGGCUCAACAUCAACCACAUGGAGAAGCUGGAGACGUUUGUCAACCCACAACUCUGCAUGACAACUUUUGGCGACGCAGCCAAUGCCAUGACUCCGCACAUGGCAGGUUCCAUGUCAUGCGGCUUUAUCGGCUGCACUACUUUUUUGCACGAGGAAUGGAACCCGCUUAUCAAAUCUGGGUCGCUGCCUGCAGACGCUUCCAACGCAGACAUUGCAGAGGCCCUGGUCAGUGCUUCGCGGACUUACGAGGCAAAACACCGGCCCCUGGCCCAGAAGCUGGUCGAUAUGUCGGCGCAGCAAGGCCCAUUGUGGAGCGGUGGCAUUACCGACGUAGCAACGCUAAGAGAGCGGCCAAUGUUUCUAUGGAGUUCAGCAGAUGACAAGCAUUAG